CUUAGCAUCCUAUAGACAGGGACGGUUUGAAAGCAGGCAGUGUUUGCAGUGGGGAGGACUGUUUAUAUAAACAGGACACCUCUGUAAACGACACUAAUAUUUGGGGUUAGGUGGCGAUGGAAAGGAAGGUCCUCUCGAGCCGAGAGAUUCCCCACUAACAGGACGCAAUCCUUUCCUCGCAGCUUUUAAGGAAGCGGGUUCGGUUUGGGGUGAUAUUUUUUUGGGGGUGUGUGCGCAACCUACCAUGGCCACAUCUGGGAGGAUCAGUUUUACAGUGAGGAGCAUUUUGGAUUUACCAGAGCAGGAUGCUAAUAGCGUAAAGCAAGCCUCUGACCAUCGCCACUCAGCGGAGAACUACACCGGCUCGCCGUAUCGAGGGUGGAUAGAAACAGACAGAAAUCACUAUCCCUCUUCCGACGAGAGCGGCCCGGAGAUGAGCUUGCCCGACUCCACCCAAAGGUCGCUCCCCGCCCGCGGCUCGGAGGCCGAGGAGAAGAAGAAGAAGCGAAGGGUGCUCUUCUCCAAGGCGCAGACGCUGGAGCUGGAGCGGCGGUUCCGGCAGCAGCGGUACCUUUCGGCGCCGGAGCGGGAGCAGCUGGCCCGGCUGCUGAGCCUCACCCCCACGCAGGUGAAGAUCUGGUUCCAGAACCACCGCUACAAGAUGAAGCGGGCGCGAAGCGAGGGCCCCGGCAGCCCGCAGCCGCGCCCGCCCGCCCUGCUGCGCCGGGUGGUGGUGCCGGUGCUGGUGCGGGACGGGGAGCCCUGCCGCGGCUGCCCCGCCAGCCCGCCGGCUCCCGCGGCGCGCCCCAAGCUGGGCUGCGCCCUGGCGGGGUGCAGCGCCCAGGCCGCCCUCGCCCUGCAGGGUUACCGAGCCUGCCCGCCCGCCGCCGCCCUCGGCGUCUUCCCCGCGUACCAGCACUUAGCGCACCCGGCCGUGGUCUCCUGGGGAUGGUGA